AUGGCUGCCAGAAAAGAUAAACAAAAAGCACCAGCUAGCCAACCCCAGCCAUCCCAGUCGCUCAGAAUUCUUCCCGCAUCCAUGAACCCCAUCAAACAAGAGUCGCCUUCCCAAAUUGUUCCCUUCCCGGGAUGUAGUCCAAUCCAAGUCAGUAAUAGAUUUUCCAGUUUAGGGACCACAGUCGGUCAAAUACGCCCAAAGUAUCAGUCUGUACUAGUUUCCAGUUAUGAUCCUUUCCAGAUUAGUACCCAAGUUGCUCAGUCACCCAGUCCCCUUCGCAAAUCACCUCCUUAUGUCCAUAAAGACAAAUCCCAUCUUUUUAUUAUUGAACCUGUUUUUGACAAUAUUGCUGAUCCAGUCGCUUUAGCCAAACACUAUUUUCCCCCAAAUUGCCACUUCAUGCCCCGAAGUCCAUUCUGGAAUUUGGACUCAUACGCAAUCUAA